CUAUUGAAACCAUUGUCCUGAAAAUGGUCAGAAUUCAGGGUUUCUGUGAACCUGCACAGGAAACAUAACCUUUAUUUUCUCCACCUUGUUGCUGAAAUGCAUCUCUCUUCUUGUGGUAAAGGGAGGUCACAGGGCUCAGUAGGAUUUGCAGGGACUUUGUGUCCCCAGCAGAAGUCACAGGUGUUUCCGGAACAUCUGCAGUUUGUGUAGGUGCCUGCCCUGAGUUUCUGGAACAGGAACAUUACCUCUGUGGCCAGGGGCCUGCAGCAGUUAGGCAGAGGCAGUUAUCUCGAUUUUAUCAUCAUCAUUUGCGCAUAGCUUUUCAGAAGAAGAAGAAGGAGAACAAGGCUGGAGCCAGGCUGCAGGGGUCAGUUCCAGUUCUGGGCUUGGGACUCAGCUGGAGUGGUUCUGGGCAGAGUCUACAUGGUAAAAGGCAGAGUGGGGCUGAUCUGGGGCCAAUACUGGGACCUGGGGAGAUCAAGUGGAGUGCGUUCAGGCCAGACAAUCUUUCAGGGGCCACACCUUGUGGACUGUGGACUGUGGACUGUGGAAUGUGUACUGUGGGCUGUGGAAUGUGUACUGUGGAUUGUGUUCACUCCUUGGCUUCUGAGCUGCCAAAGACAGUCCUAGUGUUGGUGAAAGACAGGACACCAGCUUACAGCGAAGUCAGACUUCAAGAAAAUUGACAUCCUGGAGCAGCAUGAGAGACUGUGGCCCUGGGGUCUUAGGACACCUGGGAGACCCUGUGCUGGACUGCUGUGGCCAAUGCUGCUGCUGUGUGGACUAUUGUCUCAGUGUGCGGCAGAGAGUCUCUGGAGGCUACCUUCUGUGGAGGAUGACCCAACUUACUCAGCAAAGAUAGCAAUAGCCGAAUUGGCUGACUUGAAGUUUGACAGUAAGCCAUGGCCUGGAGGAACACAUACCCUCUACUACCACUAUCUGGCCUUGUCAGAGCCAGUACCCCACUUGCCUCAGUUCAUGGCUGUGGGCUACAUGAAUGACCAGCCCUUCAUCAAGUUUGACAGCCAUGAAGGCAGAGCCAAGCCUCAGGCCCCAUGGAUGGAAGCGAUGGAUGCCCAGUACUGGGAGAAGGAGACCCAGAAGCAACAGGGCUGGGCAUUGUUGCAACCAAAGGGGAUAUGGAGAGUGAUGGGGUAUUACAACCAUAGUGGAGGCAUACACAGCACUCACUUCAUGAUUGGCUGUGAGAUCCAGGAGGAUGGCAGCUCCAGAGGCUUCUGGCAGUUUGGCUAUGAUGGGGAGGACCACCUGACACUGGACAUGGACACUCAGAGCUGGGUUCCAGGUCAUCCCUUAGCCCUGCAGACCAAGCGCUGGUGGGAUCAGAAGCCCUGCUAUGCUGAGUAUGACAAGGCCUACCUGGACAAGCUCUGCCUCCCUUCCCUGCACAGGUACCUGGAACUGGGAGGCCACAGCCUCACCCGCAAAGAGCUGCCCACAGUGCAGGUGACAAGGCACUUGGCCCAGGAUGGAGACGCCACGCUGAGGUGCUGGGCACGGGGCUUCUACCCCCGGGACAUCUCUGUGAGCUGGUGGCUGGGCGAGGAAGAGCUGAGCCAGGAGACCGAGUGGGUGGAGACACGGCCCAGCGGGGACGGCACCUACCAGACAUGGGCUGCUGUGAGGGUGCCUCAGGGGAAGGAGACUCAGUACAACUGCCGGGUGCAGCACUCUGGCCUGAGCCAGGUGCUGACUGUGGCCUGGGAAUCACCCUCUUCUGCUGGGCUCCUUGCCACAGUUAUCUCCAUCGUGGCCAUUGCCUUGCUGGCUGUGCUUGGUACUGUGUACUUUAUCAAAGUGAAGAGUCAAGCCAGGGGUAAUAAGGAUUCUUACCAGCAAGCCCCUGGUGACUGUGAGAUAGUAGGUGGAGAGGAAGCCCCAGCAGUGCACCCAGCCAUGUGAGAUGCCACAGAGCCCAGGAAGCAGGUGGAGAACCUUCAAAAUUUCUAAAGACCGGAAAGAAAGGGAACUGCUCUUCAUUGUCAAUUGAACAAUAAAAAUCAUACUGGAAGACUUUCAAUCCCCUUAUCACCAUAAGCCAGAUGUGAGCAUUGUAGCUGGUACAAUAAAUAAAUAAAUAAAUAAGCAAAUAAAAUCAUACUGGAA